AUGUCUUUCGGCAGACAUGCCUAUCGGCAUGCUCUUAAGCCACCAGCUACUCCAACACUUGACCAUCUCUGGAUCAGCGAUGACCUACUCGCAGCCACCUUUCGUCGCUUCGCCAACGGUCAACGACGCCAUGGGAGUUGUGUUCCUGGACCGUUGGAAGCACGGCGACGCUUAGCAAAGCGAAGAAAUACGGCUCUGGCAAGCAUAGGGGGAAGCCCGGCUGAAGAUAUCGCGUGUUUGUUUGGCCGCAAUGGAAGGGAACACAUGAAAUGGACCGACCAUCCAUGGCAGAGAGCACCAUUCGAGACCCAGAGUCUCGCCGAUCAUUCUAUGGGUCCUCCUGCAGUACCUUUCUCCUUCUCCGACCAGAACUCAGAGCUCCAACCCGAACCCAGUGAAUUUCAAACUACACAUGCUCCUCCGUCGUACCUUACCAAUCAAUCUACCCGUGAGCAAGCUCUAGAGGAAUUCUUGGAUGGGAAGAACUGGGGCAUUGAAGAUGCAAGGGAUUUCACUCGUCGGUUAAGAAUUGACCUCCACCGGGAGCCGCGAUACAGCCGGCAGAUAUUCGAGCGUUUACUUGCCCGGCCAGACCCAGACCUUACAGAAGCAAUUGCGUUCCUAGAUGAUCCAUUCAUGAAUACCCGGGGAUCAGGAAACUACGCUGCAGCUAUCGAAAUCUUCGUUCGAACAAAAACGAAACGCGGUAAACGAACCGCGGUUUUGAAUGCGAUCAAUCGUGCGUUGGAGUUGGGGUUGAUUUCAACUGAUGAGAUCUGUCUGAUCAUUACCGCUUUACCAAAUAUUAUUGUCGAACGAAACAAGACUCUGGGGUCAUGGGACCAUAAAGCUUUGUUGAAGCACUACCGGGCAAUGUGGAAAGCUAUCGGGUGCUGUAACAUUCUCGGGUAUCAUGAUCUGGAUAGAGGCAUUCUUGAUGCUUGGCUUGAAGAGCUCUUGCGUACUCGCAGCUUUCGUUUUGCCGAGGAAAUCAUCAUCGAGACCCAUGAUGCAAACAGUCGCAGCCAAUGGCCUUCUGCUUUGGUUCAGGCUUGGUUGGAAACCAUGGAAGUUGAUUCGGAGACAAGCUUGCCGUUUCCCGACAAGAUCUUCAGCCAGCUUGAUGCGAACAGUGCAGCAGACUGUGUCAUUCGUGUAACAGAGUCAUUGGCAUCGUCCUCAGCGGACAGAGUCCCCAGAAAUCAAUUGCUUGAAAGAUGGCGGGAUUGUCUCUCCAAUGCCGAGGUCAUUUCGACCGUUGCCAAGUCACAGGUCUGGUUUGAUUUCCCUCUCCCAUGUAUUGAAACACAGAUCAAGCAUGCACCCAUGAGCCACUCAACUCAACGUCAGAUCAUUUUGCGACUCUGGCUUCUACGAACACUUGGCCGAUCCACUGGACCCAUGUACAACCAGAGUGCAAGAGAAACGGAUCAACCAAUCUGCUCAUUACUCAAUCUUUACCAAACGGUGAUACAAGAUACUAGCGGAGAAUUCUUUCCGGACUUCAUGCGAGAAAUCCAUGACCUCGAUCUCCCAUACAACAGCCUUCUGCUCCUAGCUCUGAACAAAAAGGGCAAAACUUCCAUUACAAAAACGACCCGCAGAACCCUCGAACAACUCGAAACCUCCCAGCUCUCCCUAGCAGAAGUGUGGAAAAACCCAUCCGUAUAUAAGGGAAUACGACGACUUUUCCACACCACCUUUGACCAAAUGUUCCAUCGUAUGGACCUCACCAACCCAGCCACAGUUGAAGAGAUCCUGUCUGUUGUUCGAUCAGGCGACUCUAAUAACAUCUGGCCCAUCCUCACACUUCUCAACAGCAACACCCCAUUGAAGAUCAGCCUCCACAAAGCAUGGCAGCCAAUUCCACACCCCGACGAGAAAGUCCUCGUGCGAUAUCAUCCGGGCCCGCGGGACAGCCGAUGCCCCGAUCCCCAUGCUGCGGUCGACCUCAUAAACCAGCUGGCAGUUUCUCUCUCCUGCUGCAAGCACCUCACGCCAUGUCAAUCCUUCCAUAUGGUUCACUGGCUUUAUCGGUAUCUUCGAAGACACGGCGGGCCCGUGGAUCCGGAGUUCGUGCGGGCCAUGUAUCAUGCCGGUGUUGUGCGAUACCGCCGCGACGGUCGCCGUAUCUCGGCUACUCAGUAUGAGUACAUCCUUUGGAUUGUUGGAAAGUUUGAAGGCCCUGAGGUCGUUGAAGAGCUCACUGCUCUGCCUCAAAUCGGUGGAUCGAGGCUUGACUGGCAGUAG